AUGCAUUGUCUACUCACUUUACACCCCACCAACCAGCCUUCGUGUUGCACUUCCCUACUCUCCAUCUCCCGGUUCUCAUCUCUCUACUCCAAAUCAAAUCUCCCAGUGCCCAUCUCUAUACUCCCUAUCACAUUUCCCGUGCCCAUCUCUCUACUUCCCAUCCCAUCUCCCCGUGCCCAUCUCUAUUCUCCCCAACCCAUCUCCCUGUGCUCAUCCCUCCACUUUCUGUCUCCAUCUCCCCGAGCCCAUCUCUCUACUCCCUAUCACAUUUCCCGUGCCCAUCUCUCUACUCUCCAUCCCAUCUCCCCGUGCCCAUCUCUCUACUCCCCAUCACAUCUCCCCGUGCCCAUCUCUCUACUCCCCAUCCCAUCUCCCCGUGCCCAUCUCUAUUCUCCCCAACCCAUCUCCCCGUGCUCAUCCCUCCACUUUCUGUCUCCAUCUCCCCGAGCCCAUCUCUCUACUCCCCAUCCCAUAUCCCCAUGCCCAUCUCUCUUCUCCCCACCCCAUCUCCCCGUGCUCAUCCCUCCACUCUAUGUCUCCAUCUCCCCGUGCUUACUACUCUACUCUCCAUCCAAUCUCCCCAUGCUUAUAACUCUACUCUCCAUCUCCAUCUCCCUGUGCUCAUUUCUCUACUCCCCAUCUUCAUCUACUCAUGUUUUUCUCUCCACUCUCAAUCGCAUCAUCCCAGUGCUCAUCUCUCUACACCCCAUCACCAUCUCCCUGUGCUCAUCUCUCUACUCUCCAUCCCAUCUCCCCAGUUCCAGUAGCACACGGCAGCGGCGGCGGAGAGCGGCGAUAUAA